AUGCUUACAACAGGGUCAAUCAGACCUAUAGAGCCCAUCAAAGUCUUCGAUGCGACUGAGGUCGAGGCGAGUUUUCGGUAUAUGCAGAAAGGUACGCACCUUGGCAAGGUUGUGGUGUCAAUUCCAGAGAAAGGCAUGGGCCUACCGAAGACACCACAGACACCGCACGUUGAGCUCAGUCCAUCGGCUACCUACAUGCUCGUAGGCGGACUGGGUGGUUUGGGACGCGCUGUUGCAACGUGGAUGGUAGAAAGAGGGGCACGUCACCUUAUGUUCCUUUCGCGUUCUGCUGGUCAAAGUACCAACGACCAAGCUUUUUUCCAGGAGUUGCAAUGUCAAGGCUGCACAGCACAGGCUGUCCAAGGCGACGUAACAGAUAUAGCCGAUGUUGAGCGCGCAAUGGCGUCUGCGCUUCUAGGAAAGCCCAUUCGGGGCAUUCUACAAAUGUCCAUGGUACUUCGCGACAAGGCCUUUGCGGAUAUGGAUCUGGAGGACUGGCAAACAACGGUCAAGGCCAAAGUAGAGGGCACGUGGAAUCUUCACCGCGCCGCACCACAAGACCUCGAUUUUUUCUUCGCUACUGGAUCUAUCAGCGGCUCAUUCGGUAUGCCUGGCCAAGCAAAUUAUGCUGCCGGUAACACAUACCUUACUGCAUUCACUCAGCAUCGUCAAGCGCUCGGUCUGCCCGCUUCAGUACUUCAUGUUGGUCUGAUGGAGGACAUUGGUUAUCUCGCUCAAAAUCCGACAAGGGCUGAAGCACUCAGGGCCGCUGGUGGAUUCUUUCUGCGUACCCGCCAAUUGCUAGAAGGAAUCAACUGGGCUCUGACUCCGAGUGCGGGCAAGCCAGAUCACUUGAACCAUCAGCUCACCAUUGGCUUGCGAUGUGAGAAGCUAUUGCUGGACCCCGCUAACCGUGUUAUCUGGAAAAAGGACUCUCGCAUGGGCCUAUAUCACAAUCACAACGCGUCAAGUGGCACGGGCGGUGGUGCAGAGGACAGCGAUACUGACGCCCUUCGUCUCUUCAUGGCUUCAGCUGAUGCGGGACCGAGUAUCCUUGAUGAGCAGGCUUCGCUAGACUUUGUGACGCGCGUCAUCGGCACCCGCGUUUAUACUUUUAUGCUUCACCCGCUCGAGGACAUGGACUUGACUGCAUCGCUGACAUCCUUGGGCGUGGACUCGUUGGUCACCAUAGAGCUGCGUAACUGGAUCAAGCGCAGUUUUGGUGGUCUAGAGUUCAGUACCUUAGAGAUCCUCGACGCUCGUACUAUCGACGGCUUGGGUAGGCUCACAAUAGACGCACUGAAGACACGAUUUGGGGAGGCAGGGGUGAACCAGGAAGGCGAUGCGUAUCUAGAUAUGAAGGCCCCAUAG